AUGAUGGCGCCCGGAAAACGCGCUAUCAAUACACCUAAAUAAACACACCUAGUUAGUAUGGAAUGUUGUUGAGCAACAGCAUUCGCAUUGUUGGUCUAUCGUAAACUAUAGAUAAUUUUGUUGUGAACUAUUGGAUAUAUACCUUGGUACUGCGACUUUUCUCGAGCCAUUUAUAAUAUAGAUGCUUGUUGCUUCCAAAGAAAUAUACAGAACGUCGAGCACUGUCAAGGUGCACUUCUGAAUUAAACUCUUGAACAAAAUAAUAUGAAUAUGCAACACAAAUCUAAACAAGAGAAAACGACACCUUUGGACUAUUCAUUUUUUCCUGAAUGUUGGUCCGAUGAUAGACGAAUGGGUAUUUUACUAGCGGAAUUUCGACCAAGACAACUAAAUAUCGCGAGUUAUGAUUCAAAAAUGAAAUUCUGGAAAGAUUUGAUUUUAUCAUCAUGCCGUGAAUCUGGGUCCAGCGUGGUAUCUGUAGCGAUAUUGAAAGAACGCUUUCGCCGCAAAGGCACUGUUCCACAUUGCUUAAAUACCGUAUUUUAUGAUAUGUUGUCAAAAAGAGAACUAUGUAGUGACAUCCUGCUUAAAGAUCAUGAGAAAACUGGAGUUUACGGUUUCAAUUUGUGGACAGUAGGACAGCUCAUAAAAACCCCAUUAGUAUGGAGUUAUGAAACUGUUCGAGCUAUUACAGGCUUUGUAACUUUCAAUGAAUCUGAUAGUUUUAUCGUCAAAUCUAUUGCAGUAGAACACAUCAAUAUAAUUGAAAAUGUUGUUGCAACACACAACCUUCAAAACAAAACAAUGAAAUAUGAGGAUUUCCUUAUUAUAUUGUUCCAAUCGUCAAACAUAACUCGCAAUGGAGUCGAUCCACCGAUUAUUUUCCUUGAAAAGGAAAAACGAUUGACGACAAAAAUUGUAAUCAUUGACGAUACUAAAACUUUUCUUAUAAAAUUUGCAUCUAUUGAUGGAAUUGCUCAACCUAUUACAAAUAUUGAAAAAUCCAUAUACGAGAUAGAGCAGAGAGAGAAUCGACUGGUGGAAGAUAUUACCUCCAUCGAGCAUGAUAUAAGUCAAACAAUGGAGAAAGUUCGUCAGCAUAUUCAAAACGGUCAGAAACAAAUGGCUAAAAUUGUAUUAAAAAAAAAACAUAUUCUAGAAAAAAGUAUGCAACUCAAAAUUACUGCGUUAGAUACGCUUCAAGGAAUUCUUCAAAAAAUUCAUAAUUGCCAGUCCGAUAAAAAUGUAAUCAAAGCAUAUCAAUUAGGCACCGAUGCAUUGAAAAACGUAUUGAAUACAUCAGGAAUCACAAUUGAAGAAUUAGAUAACACAUUGACUGAUAUGAAGUAUGUUUUAGAACAACAUAACGAAAUGCUUUCAAUGAUCAGUGCUGUUCCUAUUGAUGAUAUUGAUGAAUUGGAACUUGAACUGGAAUUAGGAAAUCUUAUAGAUAUGAAGCUAACUGAAAGCAAUAUUGACAAACAUAAUUUUUCAACGCCUGCUCUAGUACCUCCCGUAGACAAUAGACCCAGCAAUGCGCAUGAUUUUGAUACAGAAAUCGAAAAACGUUUGGCAGCAUUAAGAGUCCAUAUCGAAAGCUCUAAAUUAGCUAGUAAUGCACAAUGAUAGUCUAAAUGGGGCGGUCCCAUGGUACCGUUCAAAUAGACAUAGAGCGAAAAAGUCGCGCGUAACAAAAAGUAGCUCAAAAUUUCAACCCGGUGUAGACCAAAGUAGCUCAGUUGACUCAGUUAACCAAAUUUUUUUUAUGUUUGAAAACACACAAAAAUAGGUUAAAAUGUGUUCAAAUCUAAUUUUUUGCGUUUGGCAUUAAUCUAGCUUGUAAACAAACUAUAUAAUUCGAUUAUUUCAGAUGAAUCAAAAAUGUCGCGCGAGACGAGUAGCUCUGUUUGCAAAAUAGAGCUACUGUAUGUCGCGCGCGACGUUGUCGCUGUAUGUCUAUUUGAUCGGGUACAGUCAUCAAUUCGUACAACUCAACAAGAUGGCCGUCUUGAGCUCUAGACUAGAUUAGCCCGCCCCCCGUAGCAAGGACUAACUAUUUAGUAAAAAAAAAUUAAUUGAAAUUAUGUUUUAUCCGUUUUUGACAUGCAAACAAGUCAGAAAAUGCUCCUACAACAAAUAAACAUGAAACAAAUCGA